ACAAUAACCGUACGCCGGCAACUUAAAUAGUAUUCCAAGCGUGUGGUCGCGCUGUCUCGCUCUCUAUCACCCACGGCACAGGUAACACCAUGAAGUAUUUUUUGACCUACAUCCCCGUGCUUAUUGCCUUUGUUGUCUAUACAGACGGUUCUUCCGAAUGUCCAUUCAGUGGACUAGAACUACACUGUGGUUCACAGUUUAUGUUUUUGUAUCUGUCCAAUUGUCAAAGAGACGAUCAGUGCACACAAGGUUCUAAGUGCUGUACAUUAAUGUGGUGUAUAAAGCGGUGUAUAAAACUAAACAUGGCUUCUCCCUUCCGUAGUGGAAACUCAUGCACCUCCCCAAGCGACUGCCCUGCCAGCCAUUGCUGUGUCAACCGACAACCAGGUGCUAUGUCAGGAGUUUGUCAGAAGAUGAGAAGUAUGUCGGCAGACUGUUAUGUUAGCGAUCCCUACACAGCGACGCCUCCUGCCGGUGUAGUGCAAACAUGUCCCUGUGGAUUCGGGAACUACUGCGUUGAGAUUCCAGGAAAAUCCGAUCAGCUUGGACAAAUGGGUCACUGCAGAUCAUUUUAGUCAACAUGGGACAUUUUGCCUUGUUUCAAGAACCAAAGAGGGAUAUCGGAGUGUUAUCUACACAUGUAUUCAAACACUGAGUGUUGGUUAUAUUCAGAUAUGAAAAGGAAGGAUCGAGAAAUGGAUUGAGAAAGAACCGAUUUUCACGUUUUCAGUUUAAUGUAGUUUGACAUUUAGUGUGUGAUACUUGGAUUAUGCAGAUACUUCAGUGGUGCAAAUGAUUAUUUGUUAAAUUUAGUUGUUUGAAAUAUUUACUUGGGGCAAUAUAUUGGUUAGAUAUUAUAUGUUAAUAUAUGUCAAGUGUUUGGAAUUAUAUGAAAUUGUGUUAAGAAUAUUGUAAUGCUGCAGAUGCGAUUUAUAAGAGGUUUUUUUUUUUUUAAAACGGGAGAUUUAUGUUUAUGUUUAGUACUUGUACAUAUAGUAUAUUCUGUUGAAACAUAAUAUAAACGUGUUUGUUGUGUUUUACGUUGUUUAUUAUUACCUGACAGAAGCACGUUUUAAUGUCGAGAUACUGGCGGGUAAAAUGCAACAGGAUUCGGCAGCACUGGGAGAUUUUCGGGCUACGUUGUUACUUUUUAGAUUAAUUUCUUUUCAACAUGGUUUUCAUAUUUGUUGUUUUUUUGUUUAUAUGUGAUGUUCAUAAUGUAACACGUUAAUAAACUUAUAUAUCUAUC